AUGGAUUUACAAACCCUGAACGAAACCUCUGUGUUCUUGGAGUGUGUGGAAGCGCAGGGCGCAGCGUCAAAUGGAACGCCGAACUCCAGCCUGGAACUCACAAACAUCACCACCUGUGGAAACGCUUACGUGGUCCUCAAACCGCAACAUGUCAAACAGAAAGAGGUGGACUCGCUGCGUAUCCUCCUCUACUCGGUAAUCUUCCUCCUCAGUGUGUUUGGCAACCUGCUAAUCAUUGUGGUCCUGACGGUCAACAAGCGCAUGAGGACGGUCACCAACUCCUUCCUGCUGUCCCUGGCGGUCAGCGACCUGAUGAUGGCCAUCUUCUGCAUGCCCUUCACCCUCAUCCCCAACCUCCUGGAGGACUUCAUCUUCGGGCCCGCCAUGUGCAAGAUAGUGGUUUACCUCAUGGGUGUUUCCGUGAGUAUCUCCACCUUCAGCCUGGUUGCCAUAGCAAUUGAGCGCUACAGCGCCAUCUGCAACCCGCUAAAGUCACGGGCGUGGCAGACCCGUUCCCAUGCCUACCGGGUGAUUACUGCCACCUGGCUGCUGUCCUUCAUGAUCAUGAGCCCCUACCCGGUGUUCAGCCACCUGGUCCAUGUCCCCCUGAAGGACAACAUCACCAUCGCACGCAUGUGUCGCCAUAUCUGGCCCCACAGGGAGGUGGAGCAGACCUGGAACAUGAUGUUGCUGCUUACGCUCUUUAUUGUUCCGGGUGUUGUGAUGAUCGUAGCCUAUGGACUUAUCUCCAGAGAGCUGUACCGGGGAAUCCAGUUUGAGCUGGGUCAGAAGACAUCAUCCCCCGGUCUAAAGAAUGGCCUGACCGGCACCGUGUCUUGCGGCAGCGACGACGGCGAUGGUUGCUACGUCCAGGUCUCCAAGCGUCCACACUCCAUGAAGAUGUCCACUCUGACAUCAUCUACGGCGAGCACAUCCAAAGUGGAGCAUGCCCGCAGCAACACCUCAGAGGCCAAGCUCCUAGCCAAGAAGCGUGUGAUCCGGAUGCUGGUGGUGAUCGUGGCUCUGUUCUUCCUGUGCUGGAUGCCACUCUACUGCGCCAACACCUGGAAGGCUUUCCACUCAGCCUCUGCCCGCCGUGCCCUCUCUGGUGCACCCAUCUCCUUCAUCCACCUACUGUCCUACACCUCGGCCUGCGUUAACCCCAUCAUCUACUGCUUCAUGAACACUCGUUUCCGCAAGUCGCUGCUUGCCACCUUCGCCUGCUGCUGUCGUCCGCCCUGCCGACGCCAAGGGCUGCGGGAUGGAGAGGAGGACGCAAUGGCUUUGGGGGUGUCCAUGUCCAAGUUUAGUUACACCACAGUCAGCACUAUGGGGCGUGCUGAGGGAGGGACCACUGACUGA